GAACUUGACAAGAUCGAAGCAAUAAAAAUGAAUUUUAACUCUGAGCUAGCAAAUAAACAAGAACAAUGUCUACGUUUGAUUGGUGCAAAGAUGAAGAACCUUCGUUAUAUGGAAUUGAUCGGUGAUCCUGCAAAACCAUUGCUUGACCACUUUACACUGAGGGAGCUUUAUUGUCUUAAAUUGGCCAUCGGCUCGCAAAAACAACUGUGGAAAGGUUGUAAGCUGCUGCCAAAUUUGAAGAUAUUGGAACUUCACUGUUUGAGUAAACUAAUCACGACACCAGAUUUUGAUGGACUUCCAAAUGUUGAAAGAUUCACUCUUUCUGAAUGCGAGUGUUUAGAAGAGAUUCAUCCAUCGAUUGGACGGUUGGAAAGGCUUGUUUUCUUAUCUAUAAAGUUUUGUUCCAAAUUUAAGAGAUUUCCACCCAUUAGUCGACUAAAGAAACUUGAGACCCUUUCAUUCUCAUAUUGCCCCAAACUUUUUAGUGUCGUAGACAACAUACCAGAUGUUCAUUUGGAUAAUAGUGGGAAAGAAGUUGCAUCUUAUCAACCUUGUACAGGAUUUUUUGUUACUUGUUGGAUGUGUGGUUGCAGCAAUCUUCCUGGUGUAGAAUGUUGUUUACCUCACAACAACAAGAACCGUAUAGGAUUACUACGGUUCUUUCACGGUUUGCAAGAACUCGGCUUAAGAAAGUUGAACCUCAGCAGCUGCCAGUUGGGAGAUGAAGACAUAGGCUCUGGUGUUUGGGAGCUACCCAAUUUGCAAGAACUCAAUCUAGAAUCAAAUAAAUUUUCACGAUUAAGCUUUAGUCAGGUGCGACUUCCUCAACUCAAAUGGCUCAAUGUGACAAACUGCUAUUGUCUAGUAGAGUUGUCAGAGCUGCCGUCAAGUAUAGCUGUCAUUAAUGCCGAUGGUUGUAGCUCACUUGAAAGCUUUGGAGAUGUUUCAAACUGUAAAUGGUUGUGGAAAGUCUCGUUUCAUGGGAGUUACAAAGUACAUCCACUCUAUGGUUACAAAUUAUUAGACUCCAUGCUCCAGGGAAAUGCUAUCGAAUAUCACUUUAUCAGUGUCGGUCUUCAACCUCAGAUUCGAAAGAAUUUUGUAGGUAGGUUCUUUAGGGGGAACACGUUUACAAUACGUUAUCCACAUCUCAAGGUGGACUCAAAUUCAGUGCGUAUUCGACAUGAUAGGGAUUGCACUUUUAAACUGCGUCUUCCAGAAGAUUGGUACAAUGACUUUUCUGGGUUCUUAAUACGCGUUGUUACCAACGACGUAAGUCUGGAUAUUGAUAUAGUCAUCAAGCAUGAGCCACAUGAAGAAGAUUCUCGAUUUGAGCUUUGGCAGGAGUCUCAUGAAGCACCAAAGCCCGAAUAUAUUGGGAAAGGAAAGACACAUAUGGGAUAUAUUCCGUUUGGUUCAUUGAGGCAGACCACAUCAAUGAAUUCAUCACACAACAUUAUUUCAUUUUCCAUAAAGAGCAAUUGGACUUCUUUUGCAGCUCAGCUUGUUCUUCGGAAAAGUAAAGAUGAUACACAUCAAACAACAAAAGCCACAACAAAUUCCUCAGAAUUUUGGGAUAAGGAAGAUCAUAAUAGAAAGACAUUUGAGAUCCAACAAGAUUCAGAGUCUUCUAUCAAGAUUCUAUGGCGAGCUUAGGAAAACAAAAUCUAAGAAACCCAUGCCCGUAGAUUUCUUGAUUCUUUGCUAGUUUGUAUAGUCCAUGCUCUGACCUUGUGAUUGUGAUUACAGUGCAUCACACAUUCGAGAAACAAAUUGCCAAGGGAGGUGAACGGAUGACCUGAAGAUGAUUGCAUAUGGAUCAAAUAAUGAGAUCUGAACCUGAUUUCGCCCGUUUUUUGGAUGUAAGCAGGUGUUGUAUGCUCUAAAAGCAUCUGCAAUGGUAGUCUUUUUAAAAGUUUUUUUAUUAUUUGAAAAGCUUAACUUUUACCAUUAGAGUUGUAAACUUUGUUAAUAGGUUACUCUAAACACUUAGUAUACUAUAUCAUUUUAUUUCU